UCCUAUCCUGGAGACCAGGGAGGCCUUCACUAACUUCUGCCCAGCCAGUGCCUUCCUCCUAGUCCAUGGGGACAGUUGUAGCCAAACUGCUCCUGCCUACCCUCAGCAGCCUGGCCUUCCUCCCCACAGUCAGCACUGCUACCAAGAGGCGUUUUUACAUGGAGGCCAUGGUCUAUCUCUUCACCAUGUUCUUCGUGGCGUUCUCCCAUGCCUGCGAUGGUCCUGGCUUGUCUGUGCUGUGCUUCAUGCGCCGUGAUAUCCUGGAGUACUUCAGUAUCUACGGGACAGCCCUGAGCAUGUGGGUCUCCCUGAUGGCGCUGGCAGACUUUGAUGAACCCCAGAGAUCAACCUUCACAAUGUUCGGUGUCCUUACCAUCGCCGUGCGGACUUUCCACGACCGCUGGGGCUAUGGGGUAUACUCGGGUCCCAUAGGCACAGCCAUCCUCAUCAUUGCAGUAAAGUGGCUGAAGAAGAUGAAAGAGAAGAAAGGUCUGUACCCUGACAAGAGCAUCUACACCCAGCAGAUAGGCCCCGGCCUCUGUUUUGGGGCACUGGCCCUGAUGCUUCGCUUCUUCUUUGAGGAAUGGGAUUACACCUACGUUCACAGCUUCUACCACUGUGCCCUGGCUAUGUCCUUUGUCCUGCUGCUGCCCAAGGUCAACAAGAAGGCUGGGAAUGCAGGGGCCCCUGCCAAGCUGACCUUCUCCACCCUCUGCUGCACUUGUGUCUGAUCUCAGUCCCCCAUUCCAGGCCCCUGCCUUCCUGUCUGGCAGCCCUGCUGUCUCUCCCAGGAUACUCCCUAUACUUUCCCAUGUGGUAUGUCCAUGAGAAAUGGUCUCCUCUGUACCCCAAGAGACCAGCAGGCCUGAUGCAUUCUGCUAAAUGCUUCUUAGGGACCCACCAAUCCUGUGUUCACCAGUUGUUUCACU